AUGUCAAAUCGAGUAAUUGCAUGUAAACCCUCGAAAGAGAUAUGGGAUAAAUUAGAGACUCAAUGUCAAGGAACUAAAAAUAUCAAAAAGAAGCGAAAGGUACUACACAUACAAGAGUAUGAAAGAUAUGAGACAAAUCCUGAUGAAGAUCUCACAGACUCAGAUGAUCGAUUUCUUACUUUGAUGAAUAACCUAUCUCUUGCUGGAAAAGAAUAUGAUUCCGAAGAUUCCAACACUAAGUUUCUCAGAUCACUGCCUGAGAAAUGGGAUACACAAACUUCAAUCAUAAGACAUUUGUAUGAUCUAAGCAUUGUGUCUUUUGAUGAAGUAUAUGGAAUACUAAAGACUCAUGAACUAGAGGUUCAACAAAGCAAAGCCGGGAAGGAGAAUAGACUAAGGUCAUUAGCCUUAAGAGCAAGUGUAAGAAAAGACCAGAGAAGCUACGCUGAAAAGCCUAGAAAUCGGAUCAGGUAUCAAGUAUCAGAUACUGACAUCUUAUCAGUUCCUGAUGAAUCAUCCGGAGAUAAUGUAGAUGAUAGUUCCGAUGAAGCUAAGAUGCAAGAGAUCAUGGCAUGUAUAGCCCAAGGACUACGGAAAGUAAAGUUUGGAAGACGUAAAAAGAAGGAUCAAUUCAAAGAAAAUUCUUCUGGAUCAUCAAAUGAAAUCAAAAGAAGCAAAGUUGAUUGGUCAAAGAUUAAGUGUUUUAACUGUGAUAACAUAGGACACUAUGCACAAGACAGCAAAAAGCUAAGGAUGGAUGGAGGGAAAGGAAAAUCACUCUUCACUUCAACUAAAUAUUGGAUGGAAUCAUCAUCUGAAUCAGAAGGAGAAGAUGUGAACUAUGCUCUGGGGGCAAGCUUUGAACAAACUCAAACCACCGAUGAUUCCUCUACACCUAAGGUACAAGAGCCAAUUUACAACUUUGAUAUUGAUGAUACCUAUAAACUAAAAUCAUUCUUAAGUUCAUUGCAUGUUAGUUUUAAAACUCAAACACUAGAGAAUACUAGACUAAGAAGUGAAAUAGAUGAAUGCAAAAUGAGAAACUUCUUAGAAAGUGAACUAGUUGUGAUGAAUGAACUGAAAAAUGACUGUAAAGUUACUAAGAACUCAGAAUCCAUGUUUAGACUAAAAUAUGACCAACUAGAAAUAGAACCAGCAGAUGAAAAAUAA